UUCCUCUCGCCCGUUUCCCUCGCUUUCUUGCCUCCUUCCCCACGCGGACUCGAAGUCAGCGACUUGAACCAGCGGAAUCCGAGCAACACAAGUCAAAGAAGAUGAUCCUCUCCUUCCUCUUAAUUUAUCAUCGCACCAAAAGAAUAUAAAAUUGAAAAUAAAGAGAGAGAAAGAGCGAAGAAAUGAGACACCCAUGAAUCGAAAUUGUUUGUAAGAUUUGACAAAAACGAUUCGAAUGAUACUGGUUCAUGAACCAUGAUCAGCACCAGGGGACAAAGAGCCCUUUUCCUCCUUUCACACUUACCCAUCUUCUUCUUGUGCUGUUGAAGCUCUGUUUUGAGGAGGAGGGAAGAUAAAUCAUCCGAUGGGAAUUUGCUGGGGAGUUCCUGACUACCCAACUCCUAGCUUCACUGGUCAUCUUAGGCCUGGAGGAUCUGUUCUGACUAUAAGCAGUUCGUCGUCUUCUGAGGAUGCCCUUAGCAGGACCUUGGGAGGGACAUUGAAUGAGUCUAUUCCAAAUGGUUUUGUUGCUCCCACUUCAGAUACUAGGGUCUUUAGUUUUGCAGAGCUGAAAGUUGCAUCGAGAAACUUCAGACCUGAUGCAUUUCUCGGUGAGGGUGGUUUUGGUAGAGUCUUCAAAGGCCACCUUGAUGAGAAGAGAAUGAAUCCAAUUGCCAUCAAAAGGUUGCACCAAGAGGGCAUGCAAGGAUUCAACGAAUGUGAGUCAGAGGUGAAGUUCCUGGGCAGCUUAUCUCAUCCAAACAUUGUCAGACUACUGGGAUAUUGUUUGGAGGAUAAUGAACUACUUCUUGUCUAUGAGUUCAUGCCAAAGGGUACCCUAAAGAACCACCUCUUUCGAAGGGGCCGGACUAUGGAUCCACUUCCAUGGGCCACGCGGCUUAAAAUUGCAAUAGGAGCAGCCAGAGGUCUUGCGUUCUUGCACCAGUUAGAGAGGCAAAUAAUCUGCAGAGAUUUCAAGUCCUCAAACAUAUUGCUGGACUCAUCCUAUAAUGCCAAAAUAUCAGAUUUUGGGUUGGCAAGAAAUGGUCCAGAUGAAGGCAGAUCACAUGUGUCAACACAGGUUAUUGGAACUUUGGGCUAUGCAGCACCCGAGUACAUAGCCACAGGUCAUUUGUAUGUAAAGAGUGAUGUCUAUAGCUUUGGGGUUGUACUGGUUGAGCUUUUGACGGGGAUGCGAGCAUACGAUGCAAAUCGUCCGACUCAUCGGCGGAUUUUGGUGGAGUGGGUCAAGCCUCAUCUUUCUAAAAGGAAAUUGACAAGAAUCAUGGACUCUCGGUUGGACGGGCGAUAUCGUCUUAAGGAUGCUCGUGACGUAGCUGCACUCGCACUCCAAUGUCUUGAAAUUUUGCCCAAGUACCGGCCAUCAAUGAACGAAGUUGUGAAAACACUAGAAAAAAUUAGUUUGCAGCUGAUGGAAAAAACUGGUGCCUAGACAAUUGAUCCCAACUCAGCAAAGUUUCACAGGCAUGGUCACAUUCUUUAUUCAUCACCUCCUCUCACUGCAGCUUCAUCGUCCUUACUCUAUGUAAAUGCUGUUUGUCCAGGCGACUACUUUUCUCCUUCCAUUUCAGGAUUUAGAUUUUGUAAAGCAGUAUAGGUUAUCCAUGUCACUGUCGUAGUGACUCAGCAAGCCUGGCCAGAUAUGUUCAGUCGUGCUAGGAAUCGGCUCUGAUACUAUUUGUAUUAUUCUUUUGGGGUGGGGGAGGUCUGGCAGUCAUUGUAGUGAGUCCAAGGUCCUCAGGUCGAAUGUUUCGGAUAUUUCCGGACCAUCCAGACGGGGCAUUGGAUUAAUUCUUGGGGAAAACGUAUUCCUUUUAUGGAUAUGUACUGGCCAUGGCAUUUCUUUGACACACGCACUAUCAAUAAUUGCUUUCUGCUAGCGUA